AUGGUCAACUUUGGCCUACGUCUUCGUGACAAUUUGGUCGCUGAAUGGCGUAAUGAUUACAUGGAUUACGAUGGACUUAAGCGAUUGCUAGAGCAACAACAGCAGAUUGAUGCGUCACUUCCCACUACUGCAGCUGCCUACACGACGUCAAACGUACGCAGAUCGACCGAGGACAUGGAGAUUAACGCAUUGAGCGAUCACCAGUGGCGUCCUAUGGCCACUGGUAGUAGCAAUCAAUUGGCCAAGAAGGUCGGUAAAAAGCUCUCGUUCUUGCGACUGCCAAGGUCGCCCCCGUCAUCUAUCGACUCGGAACAACUGCAGUCGCUGCUUUCAAAGCCUGUCGCCUUUAAAGAGGCGCUAGAGCAUGAGUUUAUAAAGGUCGAGCAGGCUUAUAGACGUCAUAUAGCACAGUUGGCUGAGCAACUUGAGCAUUUAAAGGCACAACACCGAGACGAUGCACCUGCUUCAGCUCAGGAAUCGCUUAAAAAUUCGCUAGUUGAAUUGCAUCGCUUGUUGCAUCUACUGCAUAACUUUGCACUACUCAAUUAUACCGGCUUUGUAAAGAUAUUCAAACGUUACGACAAGAUUGAAAGCUUCCCAGCGGAUCAGCGUGAGGAGCAGAAAGCCAAACUACAGACGCUCCAGUUUGCUACGGCACAACAAUGUAAAGAACUCUUGAAGCAAGUGGAGCAGUCAUUUGCUGACUGGUUCUGCGAUGGGAAUUCUACUGUUGCCGUGGCGACGCUCAUGACAAGGAAGGAAGAUUUUGUCAACUGGGGACAUAUCUAUCUAGGGAUAAAAAGUGGAUCGUGCCUUGUUUUGCUGAUCUGGGUAUGCUGGGACUCACUAGUUGUUCCAAUGUUUCACAACGAACGUGAGUAUCAUCUCAUUGAUCUCGUACGAACGCGUGCAUAUCCAGUCUACCGCGGCAUAGGUUGUUUCCUCCUACUGCAUUGGUUGGUUGGAGUGUCACUCUACGUGUGGCGCGCGGCACGAAUCAACUACCGGUACAUCUUUGAGCUGAAUCCACGACGAGCACAAUCGUACCCGCAGGUGUUCAGUGAUGCCACCAACAUGACUAUUGUCUUUUUGGCAAACGUCUUGCUCUACUACAAGGUCGUGAACGGCUACUUUCCCGAAGAGCUACUACACCGUGGCUACUAUCCACUGGCGCUAUUCCUGUACACCAUCUACUUCUACGUUAUUCGCCCGUGGGGGCAGCAGCUCGGUAUGCUGCGAACGUUGUGGGAGGUGGUGUGCUCCCCAUUGUAUUCUGUUUCAUUCUUCCACACCUUUGUGGGAGACUACCUGACAAGUACAGUUAAGGUGACACAGGAUGUCACUUGGUCGGUCUGCUUCUUUGUUACAAAAGAGUUCUUGCGCAAAGAUGUUGCCCCGACUGGUGUUGGCGCACCUGAUUUGCACUAUUUCCCAGCGGACCCGGAUGAACAAACUUGUGCUGACAAUGUGUACAACGUGAACGUGGUGAUACCGUUGGUGUGUGUAUUACCGUUGUGGUGGCGCUUUCUACAGAAUCUUCGCCGCGUGUACGACACGAAAACGUGGUGGCCACACCUGCCCAACGCUGCCAAGUAUGCGCUCACGCAGGUGGUGGUGCUGUUUGGCCUUUUCCAUCCCUUGCACAGCGACAACAGCGCAGAGAAUGCGUCACAGGUGCGAUUGUUCAUUGUCGCAUGGCUGUUUUUCUUUACAGCUAGUUCGCUGUACACGUGGGUCUGGGAUGUGACGAUGGAUUGGGGACUCGGACGGCCGCAGUUCAAGUUCCUAGGCGACUCGCAGAUGUUCUCGCACAAGUGGGUCUACUACGCCGCUAUCGUUGCCGACCUAUUCUUGCGUUUUGCGUGGACUCUCACGCUCAUUCCUCCACGUGGUGCAGCUCACUGGCUACCGCUUUAUUUGCAGCCUUUCACGAUGGUGCUGGAACUAUUCCGCCGAACAUUUUGGAGCUUUUUCCGUUUAGAGAAUGAGCACCUGCGCAACACACAAGGUUUCCGUCGCGUGGAUUUCAUUCCGCUGCAUUAUGACCACGGUGUAGGCGACGUGGAGAAAGACAUGAAAGUGGAGCAACCGGACUUCCGAGUCUUUACGCUAAAGAUCUUGGCUAUACUUUUCACGGUGCUAGGACUAAGUGUCAUUGCAAUUGUCAUUGAGAGCUAA